UCUGUUCACAUGUUACUGUAACUGUUGUUUUCCACAGGUGAACUUCGGACUCAGACUUUCAGUGGAGUUUUUACCGGGACGCUCUGACGUUGCUCUGCAGGCUCUGGACGUCUGGUCCCCGGGGUGAACAGCCUGGAACUCGGCCUGUUGUUCCAACCUGCAGCUGCUCCAGGAUUUCCGGGUAAAUCCUCCACAUCAGAUCCGUGUGCUGAGCCUCAGCUGCGGUCACGAGUCUCUCACACCCCGCGCUCACUUCCUGCAGCUUCGCCCCGGACAGACAGGUCUGCUCUCCCGGUGACUGCAGCUCGGCUCCCCGGGACAUGUCUUCUCUGGAGGUGGUGAAGCGGGGCCUGGAGCUCGCAGGGCAGCGGCAUGUUCUUCAGUUCUGGCCGGAGCUGGAUGAGGAGGAGAGGGAGCGGUUCCUCCAGGAGCUGGCUCUGCUGGACCUGGACGGGCUGCGGGCUCACUGUGAGCGGGCUGCGGCCGCUGCUGCUGCUCCUCCGGCCGGCGGGGACCGACACAUCGAGCCGGUUCCUCCGGAGCUCAUCGGCAGCGUGAAGAAAAGUGACCCAGAGAGUCUGUCCGCCUGGGGGGAGGAAGGGCUGCUGCAGAUCUCUCAGAACCGGGUCGGGGUCCUGCUCCUGGCCGGAGGUCAGGGGACCCGGCUCGGGGUCCAGUACCCCAAAGGGAUGUACAACGUCGGGCUGCCAAGCAACAAAACCUUGUACCAGAUCCAGGCCGAGCGAAUUCACAAAAUCCAGCAGCUGGCAGAUGUUCAGCGUGGAUCCAAAUGCUCAGUACCAUGGUACAUAAUGACCAGUGAGUUCACUCUGGCUCCCACUCAGAAGUUCUUCAAGGAGAACAACUACUUCGGUCUGGAGCCGUCCAACGUCAUCCUGUUCGAGCAGAGGAUGAUUCCAGCUGUGACCUUCGAUGGAAAGGUCAUCCUGCAGGGGAGAGGGAAGAUCGCCAUGGCUCCAGAUGGUAACGGCGGACUGUACCAGGCGCUGGUGGACAACAAGGUUCUGGAGGACAUGAGGAGGAGGGGGGUGGAAUACCUGCACGUGUACUGUGUGGACAACAUCCUGGUCAAGAUGGCCGACCCCGUGUUCAUCGGGUUCUGCGUGAGCAAAGGGGCCGACUGCGGCGCCAAGGUGGUGGAGAAGGCGUACCCCACAGAGCCAGUGGGCGUGGUCUGCAGGGUGCAGGGCGUGUCCCAGGUGGUGGAAUACAGUGAGAUCCAUCCAGACACGGCCGAGCUGCGAGGACCUGGAGGAGAGCUGGUCUACGGAGCAGGAAACAUCUGCAUCCACUUCUUCACCAGAGCGUUCCUGCAGGAGGUGGCAGAGAAAUUUGAAAGUCAACUCAAACCACACGUCGCGAUCAAGAAGGUUCCCUUCGUGGACUCGGAGGGGAAUCAGGUCAAACCCACCAAACCCAACGGAAUAAAGAUGGAGAAGUUUGUUUUCGACGUGUUUCCCUUCUCCAGGAACUUCGUUGCCUUUGAGGUUUUAAGAGAAGAAGAGUUUUCUCCUCUGAAAAAUGCCGACAGUGCAUCGACCGACAACCCGACCACGGCCAGGAACUCUCUGCUGACUCAGCACUGCCGCUGGGCCGCGGCCGCCGGGGCGACGCUGCUGGACCAGCACGAGAAACCAGUUCCUCCUGGAGCCAGGUCACUGACUCACAAUGCUCCUCAUGACUUCACUGUGUCCUGCUCAUCGAAGUCCAUAGAUCCAUCAGAUCUACUUUGUUUAAGUGAUGUCGUAGUGUAUCACCGGCAGACGCUCCUCCAGCUCAGUGUGAGAUUUCUCCGCUGGUAUCUUAUUUUGGAGAGGGCCUCGAUCUGAUGCUGAAAGGAAAGAAGCUGCGGACUCCUCUGAUCCUGGAUCUGAUCAAGGCCAAAGACCUUCAGGCUCAGUGAUGGAACCGAACAGACCAUGAAUUCAUCUGUGAACUGGAAAAUCAAAUCUCCAUCUCCCAUAAUUCUCACUUUUUUAAGAGCUACAAAUAAAUGUGAUCAUUUUAAAUCUAAGAGGGGAAUUUUAAUAAAAAUUUUUUUACUUCUAAUAAAAAAUAUGUUCUAAAAAGCAAA